AUGAAAGCUCGGCUAUUUGAAAAAGGAGUUCUGCUAUUUGAAAAGGGAGUUCUGCUAUUUGAAAAGAAUGCUCCGCUAUUUGAAAAGGGAGUUGUGCUAGUUGAAAAGAAUGCUCCGCUAUUUGAAAAGGGAGUUCUGCUAUUUGAAAAGAAAGUUUCGUUAUUUGAAAAGGGAGUUCUGCUAUUUGAAAAGAAUGCUUCGCUAUUUGAAAAGGGAGUUGUGCUAUUUGAAAAGAAAGUUUCGUUAUUUGAAAAGGGAGUUCAGCUAUUGGAAAAGAAUGCUCCGUUAUUUCAAAAGGGAGGUCUGUUAUUUGAUAGAAUGUUCCGCUAUUCGAAAAGGGAGUUCUGCAAUUUGAAAAGAAAGUUCCGCUUGUUGAAAAAGGAGUUCUGCUAUUUGGAAAGAAUACUCCGCUAUUUGAAAAGGGUGUUCUGAUAUUUGAAAAGAAAGUUCCGCUAUUUGAAAAGGGAGUUCUUAUAUUUCAAAAGAAUGCUCCGAUAUUUGAAAAGGGAGUUCUGCUAUUUAAUAAGAAUGCUCCGCUAUUUGAAAAGGGAGUUCUGCAAUUUGAAAAGAAUGCUCCGCUAUUUGAAAAGGGAGUUCUGCUGUUUGAAAAGAGUGCUCCGCUAUUUUUAAAGAGAGUUCUGCUACUUGAGGAGAAAGUUCCGCUAUUUGAAAAGGGAGUUCUGCUGUUUGAAAAGAAUGUUCCGCUAUUUGAAAAGGGUGUUCUGCUAUUUAAAAAUAAUGCUCCGCUAUUUGAAAAGGGUGUGCUGUUAUUUGAAAAGAAUGCUCCGCUAUUUGAAAAGGGAAUUCUGCAAUUUGAAAAGAAAGUUUCGUUAUUUGAAAAGGGAGUUCUGCUAUUUGAAAAGAAUACUCCACUAUUUGAAAAGGGAGUUCUCCAAUUUGAAAAGAAUGUUUCGUUAUUUGAAAAGGGAGUUCUGCUAUUUGAAAAGAAUGUAGCGUUAGUUGAAAAGGGAGUUCUGCUAUCUGAAAAGAAUGCUCCGCUAUUUCGAAAGGGAGGUCUGCUAUUUGAAAGAAUGCUCCGCUAUCUGAAAAGAGUUCCUGUGCUAGAGGAGAAAGUUCCGCUAUUUGAAAAAAAAGUUCUGCUAUUUGAAAAGGGAGUUCUGCUAUUUGAAAAGAGUGCUCCGCUAUUUUCAAAGAGAGUUCUGCUACUUGAGGAGAAAGUUUCGCUAUUUUAA